UAGAAAUCUUAUGGACAAACUUAUCAGCAGUAUUGAUAAUCUUUCUCAAAAAUAUUAAAAAAAAAUCCCAUAAUUGGGAAAAAGGAAGCUUCUUCGGAAACCCAAACCCAAUAGAACGAGCCAAAAAAAGGAAAAUAAUUAAAUAAAAGGGCUGCGUUUGAAUCUGUGGAAACUUCAAAAAGGGAAAAAUAUAUCAGAGUUUAAAAACACUUUGUUUAAAGAAUGAUCAGAAGGGAAGAAGCUAUUGAAGUUGUUGAAAAGAUACAGUGAUUCAUCACAGAGAAGAGAGAGAGAGAGAGAUCUGAAUUUGGUGUAAAUGAUGGCUUCAACGAAGAACAGUAGUCCGUUACUACCCAUGACGACUACGUCGAUCGAUUCACCACCGGCGGAGGAGAAGGUGUUCAAAGGAUCGGCUAUGACUAAACGCGGUGCUUAUGCUGCUAUCUCUUACAUGUCCUGUGCUGUUCUCUUGGUAUUGUUCAAUAAAGCAGCUCUUUCUUCAUACAACUUCCCAUCUGCAAAUGUCAUCACACUCUGUCAGAUAAUAUGUUCGUGUUGUUUUCUUUAUCUCUUAAGACGGCUGAAGCUCAUUUCUUUUCAUUUGAGUGAAUUUCUGUCUACGCCUGACAAUUUUAAAACGUUUGUGCCACUGAAGACACUGAUUGAUACUUUACCUGUUGCUGUGACCUAUCUUCUCUACAUGCUAGUCACGAUGGAGUCUGUUCGGGGAGUAAAUGUACCCAUGUACACAACCCUUAGGAGGACGACUGUUGUAUUUACAAUGAUUGUGGAAUCCAUUCUUGCAAGUCAGAAGUACAGUCGUCCUAUUAUUGGAAGUGUGGUGAUAAUCGUGUUCGGUGCUUUUGUUGCUGGAGCUCGGGACUUGUCAUUUGACUUUUACGGCUAUGCUGUUGUCUUCUUAUCCAACAUCACAACGGCAAUAUACCUUGCCACCAUAGCGCGUAUUGGAAAAUCAAGUGGCCUCAAUAGCUUUGGCCUAAUGUGGUGCAAUGGAAUCGUCUGUGGACCUUUCUUACUUGUUUGGUCUCUUAUUCGAGGUGACCUGGCACUGACAAUGGAUUUCCCUUACUUAUUUUCACCAGGUUUCCUGGUUGUAAUGCUAAUGUCUUGCAUAUUGGCAUUUUUCUUGAACUACUCUAUAUUUCUCAACACAACCCUGAAUUCAGCCGUCACACAGACAAUAUGUGGUAACUUGAAGGAUCUUUUCACAAUCUCUCUAGGAUGGUUCAUAUUUGGCGGGCUUCCAUUUGAUUUGUUGAAUGUCCUUGGGCAGCUUCUGGGAUUUGUUGGCUCUGGUCUCUACGCCUACUACAAACUCAUAGGGAAGUGAUUGUUGAGAAUAUCCAUAUGAUCUUUCCAGGGGAGUUAUAAUUUGCAGCAUUGUUUGACCCCAUUUUUGUAUUGGUAAUUAUGUGAAUCUUGAAGAGACAAACAUUCAGCUGCAAAGUAUAAUUUCCUUUAUAAGUAAUUCGGGUAUCCAAUCUUCA